AUGACCGCGCUCGCCCAUUCCACUCUGGGCUCCUGUGUCCCACGCGUCGUUUGUAUCGUCACGGUUCCGAUAAGAACCUCAGACGCCUCGACAGCCAACCGCGACCAACAGGGCCUCCUCCUUACUUACCGGCCGGGCACGCCGCUAGUUGAGCUUUGGCCCUCACUCGCCCAUCCGCAGCGCCAGACCGUCAAGGCAGAGCUCUGUCGUCUCAUCGUGCGUAUGCGUGCGCGCCACUUCUCCUACUACGGCCGGCCGACACGGCAGCCGUACCUCCUCUUCUCCGAAUUCGGCACAGAGACGCACGCCUGUUGCAACUCCCGCUCCGAGUGGGACGAUUCGCGCGUCCGCGCGCUGUAG